UUGGCUUUUAUGAUAACAAUUGAGGGAAUGGAUUCCUAUAAAAGAGGGAGAGAAAGUGGGGAGGGAAAAAUACCAACUUCCGGACAACGACCGCUAUUGGCCUCUUGGAGGUCAGCCGUGUGUGUUACGACGCUGCAAGGCAAUAGUCCAUGAUUUAUGCUGAGAGCCAAGAUAUAAUUUGCACGAUCUUCUUCAAAUCGCCAUUGAAGGUGCACGUCUUCCCCAGAGCAUCUCGCCUUACACAGGAUAAAUUAAUUGAGCCUUGAAUUAGAAACCCAAGUUCUUGCAUCAGUGCUUUCAGCUACAGCAACUCACGAGCCUCCACUAACCAUUGACCGGCAGUGAUCAGAGCGAGUCCGAGACAAUAUUAUGAUGUCAAGGAAAGAUCCACUAGCUUCUGAAGCAGAACCUUGGCUUGUUUUUUGCUAUGGCGAUGACAUAGCUGGUCAAACUUUCUACAACGUAUCAGAGGAUAGUUACUACAUUAUGAGCAUAUCUGACAUGCUCCAGAAAGGCAUUUGCACUGGUUCACAUGGAUGGGUAGUAAUAUUGGAUACUAAACAAGGACAAUGUUUCUUGUUGUAUCCUUUUACUUUGGAGAAAAUCCAUCUACCACCACGGGAAUGGAAAUCAUUCAAAUACAAUGAAUGUUUGCUAUCAUCUUCCCCCCAUGAUCCCAAUUGCAUUGUCAUGUUCACAUACUGUGACGAAACAAGACUCUUGCUUUGUCGGGUUGGAGAUGAAAGAUGGUUCACGUUUAAUAUGUUAAACACGGUAGGAAACUUCUAUAGUCCAGUUAUUUGCAACGGGACUAUAUAUGGAUUAGAUACUAACGACCGACUUCUGAGGUUUGAAACGGGACAUGCUGGUCCUAUUCGUUCUAUCAAAAUCAAAUAUUUACAGGCUGUCCCGCAUUUAGAAUCAGAUUCAAUGGGUGCAAAUUUGGUAGGAUUUUACGAUUGGAAUCUGGUAGGGUUUAGCAAUGAGCUCUUUCUUGUUCAUAAGUAUCACUUGACCCGAAGAACAGGAACAAUGGUUUGGAGUUUUCAGAUUUUCAAGAUGGACUUUUCGAGAAAGAAAUGGCAAAUAGUGAGAAACCUUGGAAACAAGGCAUUAUUCAUUGAUCCGAAAACAAAAGGUGUUUUCUAUUCUACUACGACAGGGUCAUCAUCAUCAUCAAGGAUUUUGAGAAACUCAAUCUACUUUACUCAGAAGGAGGACAGGUACUUGUAUAGAUUCGAUAUGAAAGAGAGAAGCAUUUCCUCUGCAUUGCCAUGUCCACACCUAAAUGACAAGAUGGCUAAUUCAGUGUGGGUAAUGCCUGAUGCUGUCCAAUCUGCAAAGAUGUUUCAGAUGAUGAAGAUGCAUAUGCAGGGACAAAAUAAAGCUUUGGAUGAGAAAGAAAAAGAUAUCCUCGAGGACAGCAAGAAAGGAGAUUAUUUCCCCAUCUCAUCCAAGGUGGUGACAAAGUACUCUUAUCUUGCACCCAUAGUUGGAGCUCUUAUGCGACUACUUAUUGUUCUUUUUGUAAGGAAGAAUAAGAUGAAGCUAGGAUUGGUGAUUGCAGCCGCAAGCACAGGUGCAUUAUUAGUGAUGUCACUUGUCAUUAGGUAAGAAUUCUAUUUGAUUCCAACACCAAUUAUAACAUCUUUAUCUUCAUGUGAUUCUUCUAUUUAAACUCACUGCUUAAGGAUUUCUUAUAAACACAAUCCAUUUAUCAAUUAAUGAUUGAUUUUUCUACUAA